AUGCCAACCGAGUUGCCCAUUGACACGCUAAGCAGGUCAUUACCGGAGAUUGUCUUCAGAAGAAAAAACCAUGCUUUAUUCAAGAAACUAGUGCGGAGGACUCACUUCAACUUGAGGGAGGUCGAAGCGUUAGCCAUUAUACAUAGAAAAAUAACGCAAACCUUGGGUCCUAUAACGAGAGCGGUAUUUAGAGACAUUUUUCAUUCUGCUUUCGAUUACACCGAAAACAUCCGACACUUAUUCAUCGACAGACUUUUCUCCGCGUUAGACAAGAAGAAUGUCCUGCAGAUUAAUCUGGAGCAGUGGGUCGAAGGACUAUCCAUAAUUCUUCGUGGCACUUUGGAUGAGAGGAUACAUCUCACAUAUACCGUCUACGAUUUUAUGCACGCCCACAAAUUGAAGAAGGAACAUAUAUUCCCGUCAAUGCGAGGUUGUCUAAUCAAACUACAGACAGACGAGGAUCCCGAUGAAGGCGUGAAGGAUUUAAUUGAUUUAAUGAUGAGGAAGAUCGACGUGGAUCGCGACGGUGGAAUAACCGAGGAAGAAUUUCACACGACCAUAAAAGAAAGAAAUCCACUGUUGCUGGAGUGUAUGGGACCAGUAUUUCCAUCUAGGGAAGCGAGAUGGGCGUUCCUCAACACGUUCACAGAUCGCCUCGGACAAUUUUGA